AUGGUUGCCAAAGCAGAAAUACAUGAGCCAUGUUUUGUGUGUGGAGAAUCGGAUCAUUUAGCUAAGGAUUGUUUAGCCUUUAGAGAAAUGAAGGGGGUUUAUGAAGAGCAAUGCAAUGCCUUAGGGACCUACAAUAAGCCAUUCUCUAAUACGUACAACCCUGGUUGGAGAAACCACCCAAAUUUCAGUUGGAAAGAUCCCAACCAAGCACAAUCUUCCGGAGGGCAAUGGAGAAAUGAGCACCAAAAUCAACCAUCAAAAGCUCAGCCUGCUCCUCAAUACAAUUCUCCACCUCAAAGGAGUUCUCUUGAGAACACCGUUCAAUCAUUCAUGGAGGAGCAAACUAAAAUAAAUCGCCAAAUGAUGGAAGAAAUCAAAGAAAUGAAGAGUCAAUUUUCAAAAUUGACUGGGUCCUUGGCUAUUUCUGAAAGAGGCAAACUUCCUUCUCAGCCUCAAUUCAAUGCACAAGGGCAACAUAUGGCUCAAACCUCCAGCUCUAACGAUCAAAUCGUUAAGGAGGCUAACGCCAUCACAACUAGAAGUGGAAAAACUUUGGAAGAUCAACCAAUAGCAGCUACCACUUCAAAAUCUCCACAUGUUGUCCCUGAAAGUGUGCCAUCCAAUGCUUCUGCAAAAGUUCCAUUUCCCCAGGCUUUGAGACCUGCUGGGAAAAAUCUUGAAAAUCGAGGAGAAAUCCUUGAGCACUUGACACAAGUGAAGAUUAAUCUUCCUUUGCUUCACGUCAUCAAACAAGUGCCAACCUAUGCUAAAAUCAUCAAGGAUCUUUACCUUUGUAAAAAGGAAGCAUCAUGUCAAAAGAUCGCUUUCUUGAUCGAGCAAGUUAGUGCGGUAAUUGAACAAAAGACACCGCCGAAAUACAAAGAUCCCUGGCUGUCCCACCAUUUCUUGUCAAAUCGAGACUCAUACAUUAUUCAAGCUUUGCUAGACUUAGGAGCGAGUGUUAAUCUCAUGCCUUAUUCUGUCUACUCGCAACUUGGUCUUGGUGAAAUCAAGCCUACUUCUGUUGUCUUACAGUUGGCUGAUCGUUCUAUCAAGAAGCCUCGGGGAAUUGUUGAGGAUGUUCUUGUUCAAGUUGACAAAUUCUAUUACCCCGUGGACUUUCUUAUCCUGGAUACUCAAUCUGUGGUUAACAUGGAAUCCAAAAUCCCUAUCAUACUUGGAAGACCUUUCCUCGCUACAGCUAAUGCCCUUAUUAACUGUAGGAAUGGUCUAAUGAAAAUAUCUUUUGGGAAUAUGACUCUUGAGGUCAAUAUUUUUCAUGUUGCAAAGCAACCACAUGACGAUGAUGAGUGUUAUCAGACAUUUUUGAUUGACACGCUCAUUUCUGAGGAGAUUCAAUUGCAAAAAAAUUCUGAUGAUCUUGAUGAACUCUUCUCAGUUUCUGAAAGUUCUGGUUUUAAUGAGUCAAUUAAUGAAAUUUCUUGUUAUAAAGACUCACAAAACGGAAGAGCAAAGUUUUGGCAGCCUCGAUUUGAAGAGCUACCUGGUGAAAGGGAAAAGCCAAAACCUUCUACUGAAGAGGUUCCCACUGUUAAGCUAGCCCAACUACCUGAGGGUUUAAAACAUGUUUUCUUGGGAGAUGGUGAUACCUUUCCUGUUAUCAUCUCGUCCAAACUUGAUCCUUCACAAGAAAUGCAAUUAGUCAAGCUACUAAAGAAGCAUAAACCUGCAAUAGGUUGGACGUUUGCUGAUAUUAAAGGUAUUAGCCCUUUAAUUUGCUCCCAUAGAAUCAAGUUGGAGGAGGGAGCAAUCCCUCGAAGAGAUCCUCAAAGAAGACUGAACCCCACCAUGAAAGAAGUUGUGAAAUCUGAAGUGUUGAAACUUUUGGAUACUAACAUCGCUUAUCCAAAGGGUCGAUAG